UUGAAAUGCAGUCAAAUUUCGCGGUGAUUUUUGUGUGCACAUUAUUGUUUUGUCAAAAGGGCUUUUCCCAGUUUCUGGAGGAGCCCUGCGGCACAAGCUCUUUGGGAAUUAAAAUUUUCGGUGGCAAUAACGCAAGAGAACAAGCUGCUAUUUAUAUGGCAGUAAUCAAAAACUCCAGCCAUUUUCUUUGUGGCGGCACCGUGAUUGACACAAGUUUUAUUUUAACUGCUGCUCAUUGCAUGGAGGAUCCUAACGACCUAUUUGUAUCGUUGGGAGCAUACAAUAAAAGUGCUCCGACAGCUGAGUUUCAAGUCGUCCAAAGAAUAAAGCACCCCGAGUUCAACCCCCACGCUAUCACCAAUGACAUAGGACUUCUAAAGCUGUCGCCCACAAUCGUCUACCAAUUUAACAUUCGACCAGUGUGCAUUUUGAAGGACAAGAGCAUUAAGCAGCAAGUGGAGAACGUGCUGAAUUUUGAAGUUUUUGGAUGGGGAAAAACCGAGUCUGGCACGGAUAGCGAAGUACUGAAAUCCCUAACACUCAGACGAAGAAGUCGAUCAGAGUGCGAAAAGAUGGCUGGGUCUCAAAGUUUGAAUCAGAUCUGUGCUCAGGGAAACGGUGGAGAUGCCUGUGUUGGCGAUUCCGGUGGGCCUCUCAUCGUAAGGCUAAACAACGGCCUCGACACUCAGCUCGGAAUCGUGAGCUACGGCAGAAUUGCAUGCGAUGGUCUAGGAGUAUAUACCGAUGUAACCAGUUAUAUCGACUGGAUUGUGGAUAGUAUAAGAAGCAAUGCGGAUCCUGUGGACGCCGAUCAGUCCAAUUUUGGAAUUCAAAACCGCAAACUAGCAGUGCCACAGAUUUGGUUGCAUGAAAACUGCGGCGGUAACACCGUGCUAUCAAACUUACGGGCCACCAUCUAUGGACUUCGUUUCAGGACCGAGGGCGUCUUGAUCACAGAACGGUUUGUUUUGGCAAAUGCGCAUGGCAUGUCAGACAAUGCAGCCUCAUUAAGUGUGGAUGUGAUCGGCGGUUCGGGUUCCUUGGGAGAGUAUACAGUUCACUCGGUUAUCAAGCACCCGAUGUAUGCCAACUCCCCCAGUAAUGACAUAGUAUUGCUAAAACUGCAACAACCGGUAGUGCAGACAGUUGGAUCGAAACCGUACUGUAUGUUCGGGCAAAACUACAUCGAGCAGAAUGCCUACCCUGGUCCACCUUUAACUAUUUUGGGCAAAAGGCUAACUCAAAAUGGCGUAAGAUAUUAUAGCUUCGAUGUUGAAAAAAUUGAUUCCCAAGCAUUUUUUAGUUGA